GGCCCACUGUGCUUGUAGAACUUCCGGAAACGUAAUUUCCCCCCGCGUGAGCGAUAGUACACAUGUGAGAAAAGUCGAAGCGUCCAAAACAAUCGACUUUUCUCGGCAGUUUGGAAAGAUUUUGCCUCCUUAUGGUUAUAGCCUUAAAGACGAUGGAGUCUGCUGAGGAGGAGUCGCUGCUCGGCCUGGAGUCAGAGGAAGAAGACAGCGAGUUAUCGGAUGGAGAGCUCCAGGAAGCCUUUACCAAAGGGUUGCUAAAACCUGGAAUGAACGUUCUGGUGGAAAAAACGAAGAAAUUGGUAAACAAUGUGGAGGGGUUAAAACAGUGUCUUGCUGACUUCCGGAGAGACCUCUCCUGGGUGGAGAGGUUAGACCUGACCUGUCUGCCAGCUAAAGACGCCCUGUCCCAAGUGGAAGGGAAAGUUCCCACUGAGACAAACGGAGGACCGGAUGCCGAGGAUGAUUUCCAGAGGGAAAUGUUCUUCUACCGUCAAGCUCAAGCCACAGUCCUGGAGGCCCUCCCUCUCAUGAAAAUGCACGACAUAAACACCCGGAGGCCUGACGAUUACUUUGCAGAAAUGGCCAAGUCAGAUCAGCACAUGCAGAAGAUCAGGCAAAAGUUGACCACAAAGCAGAUGAUCUUGGAAAAGUCUGAAAAGGCCAAGAAACUUCGUGAACAGCGGAAAUUUGGCAAAAAGGUCCAAAUAGAGGUGAUUCAGAAGAGACAGAAGGAGAAGAAGGCCAUGAUGACAGCUGUGAAGAAAUACCAGAAAGGAAUGUCUGACAAACUGGACUUUUUGGAAGGAGACCAGAAGAAGGGUAAAGAUUCUUCAGGAGGUCCCAGUAAAGCAUUGAAUAAAAAAGGCCCGAGUGCUAAGAGGAAAUACAAGGACCAAAAGUUUGGUUUUGGAGGCAAAAAGAGCGGGAAGAAGUGGAACACCAAGGAGAGCUACAACGAUGUUUCUGGGUUCAAAGCCAGAGUGGCGCACGCCAAGGGAGGGAAGAAGGGCAAAAAAGGAAAACAAAACAAACGUCCCGGCAAAUCUGUACGCAAGAAGAUGAAAGGUCGCUCGUAAACGCUGGCUGACUCGGACUCUGGUUCUGAGCAGAACCUUUUCCCGUCUGUCCAAAGACUCUUGCAGGAAACUGGCAGAAACUGAAGAUUCAAACACACCACAAAGACACACAAAUACCAAGAGUGGACGGCGCAGGAUAUUUUCUACGUUUGUUUUUAUUAUCAGUGACGGGCGGAGCCGCGGCAUGUUCAGUCCUCAUCAAAGCUCAUCUGUAUCUGAAUAAAAGUCCAGCUGUGAUGCUGCAAAC